AUGCCGUACAGCAGCAGCAAUUGCCUUAAGGCCAAGCAGCUUAGACGACCAGCAAUCGGGUCCGAUGACGGAUGCAGCAAGAACUUCUUAGCAGUUAGCAGGAUGCUAAUUUGCUGCUACUACGCGAUAGCUGGCAUCGUCGUAUCGAGUGCAGGACCAGCGUUGGCCGAUUUGAGCACCAAAGAGCGCAUUCGGAUCCACAAAGAAUGGCUCGAAAGGCGAGCCGCCAUCCGGCAGAACGUCAGCACUGAUUCUAGUAGUUCCACCCCGAAAACGACCUACCUGCGGAAGUUGAUCAAAUUCAAGAACGCUCACGAGCCGCUUUCCGAGAAUGACAUUUCCUUUGUGCCACAUUUCGACAGCGACAAUAACAGCGAUGUCAACAACAAUAGGAACAAAAGUGACGAACACAAUGGUGGACUCGUUCCUGUCAAUCCCAAUCAGCAGCCGGCUGGAGAGGGCAAUAAUAAUAUGAGCAACAGUUAUCAAGCCACUCCAUCUCAACUGAUGUCUGACAAUGCAUACGGCUUGCUUGAAUCAACCGGUGACAGUAACGUGGAUUCCCCAACGGAAGGAACCCGACUCUCGCUUCCCCUGGACAUCCAUUCGGACCGUUAUCGUUACGAGCUGGCCAGCGAAAAUCAUUUGUCCAAUGAGCCAGAAACUGGUAGCGGUCAAUUGACUGCUCCGGUGUUACAAUCUAGGCUUCUGGACCAUCAACAGCAUCACAAUUAUAAUGACCAUCACCAUCAGCCGGCAGCCGUUCCAAUCAAUGACCAUGACCAAGACACAUCAAAUGACAUCCCACCGGUCACUCCUGGCCCAGUUUCCUUUUCAUUGGGGCAGAAAAGCCAUCAUCAGCUUCACCAUCAACAACUGCAUGGAAAUGAAAUCGUGAUUGAGGAUGACUCUUCCGGUCAGGAACAUCAGCAUCAGCAACAACAGGAGUCGAUUCCUCCCACAGAACGUGUUAAUCCGGUGGCCAAAGUUGAUGAGCCUGCUAAAUCUGAUCAGGAAGCGUUUGGUGGUGACACCGUUAUUGCCAAUGGACACGGUUCAUCUAGCUCAGGAUUCUAUGAUAACAAUUCAAACUCCAAUAGCCUGAAUCAACAAACGCACCAUCACCAACAGCAUCAGCAUCGGUCAGAUCCACAACAUCAAGGUGUUAUAAAUAAUGAAACUACAGAAGAUGAAACUACUACCAUUCCGAGUCAAUCGUUCUCUAGUACAGAAUCACCGGAUCUUUUGCCACCGUUUGCAACCACUGAAAAGACCGUUGAAGAUGCGGAUCAGUUGCCAACUGGGAACGUUACCAUACGGAAUGGAUUUGGUCCUUGGAGUAACUGGACUGCCUGUUCUCGAUCCUGUGGGGGUGGAGUCAAAUCGCAGAACCGCAAGUGCUGGCGACGAGAGUAA